AUGGGUAAAUAUUCCACUGUACCUAAAUUUAGAGGUAGAAAAUUGACGUUAACGUAUGAAAAUGGAUCGUAUUGUGAUAUAAUCGAUAAGAACACAAAUCAAAGACUACGCAAGUCGACUAUUUUAACAUUUACUUGUGAUCGUGAAAUGUCGGCUAGAGCACUGGUUUCAUAUAUCGGUCAAGCAAAUGAAUGUACUUAUUUCUUCGAAGUCAGAUCACACCAUGCAUGUCCUACUGCUGCUAAAGCUAAUAAUUUAGCUGCUGUAUGGAUAUUUUUGUUUAUAUUUUUGGCUGCUGUAUUUGUUUACUUUUCUGGUGGAUUGUUGUAUAGACAGAUGAAACAAGCAUCCACCACUAGAAGUAAAGUAUGA